CCCACUGUGAUGCCAAAGGCCUGCCCAUCUUCUGGAUGAAGAAGGACAUUUGAGGCCCCAGGGCCACGAGAGAGUCAUUAAAGGGUGCUGGCCCCUCUGGGGUGGCACAGAAUGGGGCCAGCACUGGUGCUGUGGGCCUGGUUGAUACUAUGCAUGGUGAGUGGAGAGAGCCCAGCACCCAAACCCAUUACAGAUGGCCAGCCCUUCGCUGUGGUGUGGAAUGUGCCCACGGGCCGGUGCUGGCACCGCUUCGGUGUGGGCCUGCCCCUUGGCAACUACGGUAUUGUGGAGAACCUGGGUGGCCACUUUGCCGGGCAGAACAUCUCUAUCUUCUACAAGAACCAGUUUGGGCUGUACCCAUACCUGUCCCGCCAGGGCAUCCCCCGCAACGGGGGCAUCCCCCAGAGGGUGCGUCUCCACGCCCACUUGGGCAGGGUGGCAGGAGACAUCCACGUCCGCCUGCAGCCUUCUUUCCAUGGCCUAGCUGUGGUGGACUGGGAGGAAUGGAGACCCCUCUGGGCUCGCAACUGGGGGGCCAAAAGGAUCUACCAGGCAGCCUCGGAGCAAUGGGUGUGGCACCGGCACCCCUAUCUGCCAGCCCCAUGGCGGCUCCGUCUGGCCCAGGAGGAGUUUGAGCAGGCAGCCCAGGCUCUCAUGGAGCAGACACUUUUGCUGGGCAAGACCUUGCGCCCAGGGGGACUCUGGGGUUUCUACCGCUUCCCCGACUGUUUCAACAGCAACUGGGCCAAGGAGACCAACUACACAGGCCAGUGCCGGCCAGCAGAAGUGCUGCGCAACAACCAGCUCCGCUGGCUCUGGGCUGCCUCAGCUGCCCUGUACCCCAGCAUCUACCUGCCGCCAGCACUGCCACAGGGCCUGCGCCACCGUUAUGUUCACCACCGGCUGCGCGAGGCCCUGCGCGUGGCCACCUUCGGGGCAACAGGCAUCCUGCCCAUCAUUGCCUACUCACGCCUCUCCUACCGCCGUUCACCCCGCUUCCUGAGGCCGGCUGAUCUGGUUCACACGAUCGGGGAGAGUGCAGCACUGGGGGCUGCUGGACUCGUGCUCUGGGGAGACAUGUCCUACUCGCGCUCCGCUGAGAGCUGUGCCAGCCUGCGCCACUACCUCAUGUCCACCCUCGGGCCCUAUGUGGCCAACGUGACAGCAGCCGCCUGGGAGUGCAGCCAUAGACAGUGCCAUGGGCAUGGACGCUGUGUGCGUCGGCAGGCCCAUGACCUGGCCAGCUUCCUGCACCUCUCAAAUCAGCUGGACAAAGGCCUGCAGGCACCCUUCCGUUGCCACUGCUACCAUGGCUGGACAGGCGAGAGCUGCUCCCAGCGGGCCAAGCUCAGCCCCAGCACCUCCUGUCUCACACCCACCCACACCCACGGCUUCUAUGAGCACAACAGCCUCCCACCCUCUAAUACUUGUCUCCCACAGGACACUUGGGGUUGGUGACACAGCUGGGGACCACUGUGGUCCCCUUCCCCAGCACACGUAGUCCCAUGCCCUGGUGCCUAUUGCUGCCUGAUGCCAAUAUCUCAUUACCUCCUUGUUAAUUUAAAUAAAUCCUCUUGGUGCAGCCAA